UUUCAAUACAUUUACCCGUAGCGUUGAAUUUCAUUUUAAAUCUUACCUUAUCUGUGCGCAUUGUAAAUGAUAUGAACUUCCUCAUUCUGACAUUUUCCAUUCAAGUAAUACUCUUAUGUUACUGUGCAACUUAGAAAACAAACAUUGGAUUAAAUUUAAACGUGAACUGACUGAAAAUAUGUCGGAUCAGUCUUAUCUGUCACCCUAUUGUGAUUUUCAUGUUGCUGAUGAUGAAGAAGCCGCGAGUGCCGUAUGCUUUACUCACCGAAAGCUUUUGUGUCUUUCUUGUUCCCUUGAAAAAGCAAGAUCAUCAGAAAGCUGCGAUAUCCGCCCUUUAAGCAAAGUUGCAGACGACCAAGAUAAAGUUAUAGUCGAAUUUUUACAAAUGAAACAAAAUAUUUAUAAGAAGAGGUUGAUGCUUGAAGAAAGCGAAAUGAAAACUACGAAUCUAAAGAAUGAUUUGAAAAAGGGAGUCAAUGAAACGUAUGAAAAACUAAACAAACAUCUGUCUAAUCUAAAGGAGAUUUGCUUGAAUUUAGUUGAUUCAAAGACAGACGCCAUGAGUGAAAGUUUCAAUCAAGCAAAGAAAAACCUGAACACGUUUGAAAACGAAUUAGAGGAGCACCUGGCACAUGUUUCAAGUAACAAAGAUAAUGCAACUGAGAGUAAAACGAAGGUUCAGGAAAUAAAGUCAAAACUGAUUAAAAAGCUAUGUGGCUCAUCUCUUAAUCCAAAAGGAGAUUUCCAGCCUAACCCGGAGUUAGAAGAUGCCAUUUUGAAGAGUGACAUAUUGGGAAUAGUGAAUAUUGAAAUGCACUGUGAAGAUUUAUACGAUGAAGUAAAUCCAACGGAUACAGAAAACCAGAGUGAGAAAGAAAAUGAACGUGUGCAUAAAAACAUGUCGGUUACUAGUAGAGACAAUUCACUGGUCACAAGUCGUGGAGAGCCGCAAAAUGUUUCGGUAUGUUCAAAGGAUAGUAUUUCCACAAUGCCUGUGGGAUCGGUUCAUAAUAACACAUACUUUCACUUUACACCUACCAUAAAAGAUAAAACGAGCGAUUUGAAAGACGGGUAUGAAAAAGAUAUAUCUGAGCACUCGAGUGAAAGCAUUGCUCCGGAUAGGAAAAAACAUCACGAUGCAAACCACUCGAAACAUCAUUUCCGAUGGCCAAAAUUUCUUUCAAGACAGGAGAAGUCAGAAGUUACAGCAAAGAAAAAGUCUAUUCAUAAAGAGAGUGCAAAAUAUUCAUCCGCGAUGCCAGACACUAAUCCACCAAAGAAACCACAUGCAACCGAAGUAUACGAAAAUAUAACAUUCAAUACUCGUACAGAAAUACAACCUAAGCAUCUAAUAAAUAAAACCGUCACAUUAACUGGUCUUCAAACAAAAUCCACUAAAGCGUGGCAUUUUUCAAAGAUAAUGUGUUUGGGAGAAAAUCAUGUAGUUUUGCUUUCUAAGCCUAAUUCUGCUGUUGCGAUUGCCGAAUUUGACGGGACAGUUGUAUGCCAGAAACAAUUUCAGAGUGCAAUUCUUGGUGUAGCCGUCACCGGAUACAACCAGCUUGCUAUUCUUCUUGAGAAAAAGAUGAAGGUCAUUAAUCUUUAUGAAGUAAAGAACGGAUUGCAUCAGAAAAAUAGUUUCUACAUAAAUGAAGUGAUCGUAAACAUUACAGGAUUUGACUUCAAUGAAAGGGAAUCGCAGUAUGCCAUCAGUUCGCCUGCAAAAUUGAUCGUUCUUGGUAUCGACGGAGAUAACAUUAGAACAAUUUCACUUGAUGUAUCUGACUACACUGAAAUAGUAACAACUUAUGACUUUGAAAAGAACAGCCUUUACAUAUUGAAUAUCCAACAUCAGACAUUGAAAUGCUUUUCAUAUGACAAGUCGGACGCAAUAUGGAGGCGAAAAUUUGACGACAAAGAAAUGGUACCUAUGAGUUUGUUCCUUAACAAGGAAAAACUUUACAUCACAUUCCGUGACGCCAUUGCUGUGUUUGCAACUACAGAUGGAAGCGCCGUCGAUAAACAUGCUACAAACGAUUUACUUGAAGAUUGUCUGGGACUGUGUGUAAUUGAUGACGUUAUCAUGUUUUCAUCAAAUUCUGAUCAAUAUGAGGGCUCAACGAAACUUGCUUUUAUACCCCUAUAGUCAGUACAAGGUAGUGCUACGAAACUGAAAAAAAAAUCAGUACUGACAGCUAGAGUCCUAUUGGGAUAUGCUUUUGGUUCGUCUUUAAAAGUCAAAAUAACUUUAAAGAAAUAUAGGUAAAAUAUUUUGUUCUUUGACAAUAUGAACUGUAUUUUGCUCUGAUUUACAACACAAUGAUCACAGAAAUUCUAUGAUAACAUACAUCUUUUAAAAGUGUUAAAACAGUCAAAAAUGUUAGUCAGGAACUCUGUGUGUCGUAAAUGUUACUGCAGAAACAUCACACUGAAAUAAAGGUAGUACCACUUUGAACGUUAAAUCAACCUUUGCGAACAUAAUGGUGUAGAUAUAAUAUGUGAAAGGAACGUUGAAAGAAAUGUGAUAAAAUGUUAUAAAAUGAGUAAAUGUGAAUGCGUAAACUUGCGAUUGCGCUAAAAUGAAAACUUGUUGAUACCUAAAUCAUAUUAGUGCACUGCGUUACAUCGUUAGAUAAUCAAACGUUUAUCUUUAUGACGUGGGAAAUUGGAACUUGGACAAAGAUGUCCAUUGUUAACGUUUUGGGUAUUUGGUAACAGUUUCUUUAUAUUAGUAAUUUAUAUCUUUUUGCAAAAGCGGCAGAAACGAACAAUAUUCUGUAAGGUCGUGCCGGCAUCAUUUAUGUCAUACGGCAACUUUUGAGCUUUAAAUGUUGGAGUCGUGGGGUAAAACAUUCUAGCCUAACAAGCUUAACAAAAUAGGCAAUGUGGUUUGUAUAUAAAACUUUAAAUUGUGAAUAAACGUAAUGUAGCAAUUUUGGGAAAGGUAAAACAUUACCUUCUGUCUACUUUUUAAGCGUUGAGUAUUUUACCAUGCACACAAAUUCAAAUACUGAGUUUACAGGUGAUUAUACAUUGUAUUAUACUACUAAUUUUCUAGGGUAACAUGAGAUAAAUAUUAUAUAUAAUUCAAUAUUAAAUUUCAGAAUUUACAUUUCUCUCUAUCUUACAUCUAUCUCAUUAUAAUACACCCGUCAAAUUGUCUAUUAUAUCGGGUGGGAGCGGUAGAGGGGUACUAUAUCAGAACCAUUUUGUCCUUCCCGUUCUGUAAAAUCCCGAACCGUACUACUUGAAUGUUUCUAGAACCAUUACAGAUAUAUUUAUAUGAAAUUUUACAAAACCCAAAUUAUUCUGUUACACCUUUACGAGAUGCGCAAAAAAGAAGAUUUUUUCCUCAUGAGCUUUUCCUCAUGACAUUGUAUAGUAUCAAUAAAUCUUUCUCAGUACCAACACGUAUCCAAUGAAAUGAAAGGAUUUUUACAUUUUAAAAAAAGAACGAUAAUAUAAUAUAUUAUAAAUGUUUAGACAUGCUUCUCAUGCAAGUAAGGAAAUAAUCAAAACAUUAAUGUAAAAUUCCCUUUUAUUUUUAACUUUCAUUCUUUUGGGUACUAAAACUUGCGGGGAAUGUAAAAUUCUUCAUGUGGGGAAUAUGUCAUGGGUUACAAAAGAUCUGUGGUUCUUAAUAUUGUCAAAUUAAAACCUUGAAAACAUGUUUUCUUUUCGGAGUUAUUUCUUUUAACUCACUUUAUAUAUUGUUACAAUUACUCAGGAAUAACAUUCUUCGGACUUUGUAAAAAUAUAUUGUCUGUGAAAUUUAAAGUAAUUCUUAAUUUCAUGUACAAUCUAUUUAGACAUGCCCGCUUAGCUCAGUAGGGAGAGCGUUAGUCUACGGAUCGCAGAGUCGCGAGUUCGAACCCCGGGCGGGGCUUAUGGUCUCCGUGAUGAUUUGAUAAAAGACAUUGUGUCUGAAAUCAUUCGUCCUCCACAUCUGAUAAUUCAUGUGGAGAAGUUGGCAGAUACUUGCAGAGAAUAGGAUUGUACAGAUACAGAAUCCAGGAACACUGGUUAGGUUAACUGCCCGCCGUUACAUGACUGAAAUACUGUUGAAAAACGGCGUCACUCUCCCCUCCCCCCCCCCCCCCCCCGACCAAAAAAAUAAAUAAUAAUAAUAAAAUCUUAAUUUAUUUCCAUACGGUUUGGAAGACAGGCAAAUAGAGAAUGAGAUGCAUAUGAACAAUUUGUUAUGUUCAAAAAAUACAAAGGAAUCCAUUUUUGACGACGUUAUUCCAGUAUAUUAUAUAGAUACUUCAAGAUGUCCCUGAUUUUUCAAAAUCUUUUGUUUAUUGUUUGUUUGAUUUUUCAAUUUUAACAAAUAGAACAUGAAAAAUUUAAAAAAUUAGAUUGGGAAACUUUAUCAGUCAACAAGUGUGAAAAUUUCCACAUUAUCAUCUGAUUUCAAUCAAUUGAGCGUGGAAAUUUCCAUUAUACUUCUUUUGACCCAUUUAUUAAAAUAAAUAAAAACCAAUAAACAAUAGCUAUCAGAGUAAAAUUUCAGUUGUCUAAGUAUUUCAACAAUUUCCACAUUUACUUUCACAUCAAGCUAAAAUACUUUAUAAGAAAUGUAAACAAAGCAAUUGUUUAAACACCUUUAGUGAAGGUACAUUUUAUCAGUUUCAAAGUGUGGAAAUUUCAAUAUUAUCAUCAAAUUUUCCCUCUUUGAUUUUAACAAACUGAAUGUCACAAUUUUCAGAUUGAAAAUUCUUAGCUAAUUCAAUGUAUCUACUUGCAGAAAAUUAAAUCCGAAUAAAAGAUGAUUAAACAC